CCGGGACCCAGACCUAGCGUCUUGCUCUCCCCAUGGACUCGGGCGCACGGCUCUCGCCGCAGCCGUCGGCCUCGGAGGUAAGCUCCGUCUCGCGUCCGGACGAAACGGCCCUUUGCUGUCUUCUCCCGCCGCCUGCGUGGAACAUCUCGCUCCCCGCGGCGACCCGAAGGUUCCCGGAGGCAUGCCAAUCCGGAGGGGCCUGGAUCCCUGUGCCGUCCGCCAGAGGACCCCAGUGGGGGGCGGCGCCGGCUCCGCGAGCUGCAGGCCCCGCCCCCGAAGCGGAUGUGAGUCCGCAGCCCCCGCAGCAGCUCUUCGGGCCUGAAGGCCGGCGGGUGCCGUGCGACUGGGGAGGCCUCCUGGACGAGCGCCGGCUGGUCGCCCACCUGAAACUGGCCCUGGGCCGCGAGGCGCGCCUGUGGCGGGGCGGCCAACCCCAGGUCGAGAUCUGCGACGCCUUCCAAGAAGUCGUGUUGCAGCUCCUGAGGCUUAAAAACAUCUUUCACUUCUCUCAGUCCACUUUUAACCUGGCUCUCACUAUCUUCAGCCGCCUCCUGGUUUCAGUAAAGGUAAAAGAGAGGUUACUCCAAUGUGUCACAAUUACUUCCUUGAGGCUUGCUGUAAAAGUUAACGAAGAAGAGGAGGUAUGCAUCCCUGGAGGUCCACUCUGGGCUGCUUUUGAGUUAAUUCCACGCAUAAAAGACUUCAUAAAGCACUAUGGCUCUGGCUAUACCCCGAAUGAGCUGCUGAGGAUGGAGCUGGCUAUUUUGGACAAACUGCACUGGGACCUCUAUAUCGGGACGCCACUGGACUUCUUGACCAUAUUCCACGCCCUGGUGGUCCUGGGCUGGCCCCACGUGGUGGAGCUGCUGCCUCAGAGGAAUCCUUCCCUCCACGUCGCGUCCCUGACCAGGCAGCUGCAGCACUGUAUGGCGGGCCACCAGCUGCUGCAGUUCAAGGGCUCCACACUGGCUUUGGUCAUCAUCACCUUAGAGCUGGAGAGGCUCAUGCCCGACUGGUGUACUCCUAUAUCUGAUCUGCUAAAGAAAGCACAGAUCAGUAUUGAGCAGUUGAGCCGCUGCAUGGACCUUGUAAAGCAGCAGCUGAGAAGUUUUUAGUCAUCCUCCUGCACAGACAACUUUCUGUUUCACCUGCCAGCCUCCGUGCCCCUACCCUUGUGCCCUUUAGAGCAUAAUAACAACCCCCUCCUUGCUUGGACUCCUCUAAAUUCUAAGCUUUAUGGAUCCUGUAACAAGAAAGGAAGAAGGCCCUGGAAGAGCCACUGAGAAAAAGUUCCUGGGUCCUUAGACAAUAAGGGGAAAAAAGGCAGGUCGGGGUCACUAGGGGGAAACAUAGUCUGACAGAUCACGACCCUGCCUCCCUCUCUCCCCUGGGCCUGAGACCAGGGAGAAUGAAUGAAUGCUCAUACUGCAGCUUGGGUUUCCUUCCUUUCCUCAGCAAGGGCUGGUAUUGGCCCCUAAGAGAGCUGCAGUAUGAGGCCAGAGGUGGGCCUUGCUCAGGGCCCAAGGGCCAGACUGGUUCUGACUGACCAGUUCUCGCUGCUCCACCCACCAGAGCUGGCCAGGUCCUUUCAGCUUCCCAGGCUUAUACCAAGCACAUGUACAGUGCUUCCAGUCCCACUACCCUACCUGCCACUGCAAAAAUGAAACAGUCUCUCCAGAUACAUUUACCCUGACUUGGCCAUGACCUAUGUCUUCUUUUCACAAGGACUGGAUUAUAAAGUAUGAUUUGUUUAAUGUACAGUAACUUGAUCAAGCUUUAAGCAUAUUUUUCCUUUGUUACUCUAAGCAAAGUAGUUUAUUAGUUUAACUAGUGGCAUUUUUAUGCUAAAGAAUGGUAUCAUAAGGUGACCCCUGUGAUGGGGAGACACAGUUCUGAGAGAUUUUUGUUGAGAUGAGCAGGUUGCGGGGCUGAGCCUGCUCCAAUCACUGUGCUGCUAGGAGGAGGUUACUAGCAUGGCUGUGAGGGAGAAUUCUGCUAGCUGCCUCUCUGAAGCUGUGACACUAUAGAGCCAUUCUCUAAGCAGUGGAGUCCAGCUGGCAGAGAUGCCAGCUGGAGCUGUGUAAGUAGUGUUGAGGAUAUGAAUGACUGAGCCACACAUUUAGAGGUGGUUUGUGAAGUCUUAUAAAAACGAUUAUUUUUGUAAAUGCUAAGGGGAGUAUGAUCUGCUACUAGGUGCCAAGUGGUCAAGGACCGAUAUACUAUAAUAGUGUCUGUACUGUAGUCAGUGCAAAUCUCUACCUUUUCUUGACACAAAUUUGUUUGUUGGAGCUUUUGUAAAAAUAAAGUUUAAUUCCUUUCAACCCUGUCUGAACUGUAUGUUACAAGUACUGGAUGCCAUGCGUUUAGACUUGCUAGAGUGAAGUAUACUUGGAACACUAUCUCCUGAGUCCUGUCAGUAACUGUCCUCUAGUCCACCACAG